AUGACGUCGUCAUUUCUCUCUGAUCAUAAUUGAAUAUUAUCUAUCAAUAUAAACGAUCUCCUUAUUUGUAAAUUGAAUUCAUUAUUUAUAACUAUCGGGGUGGCAAGCUGUUGGACAUUUCUAUCUACUGUUCACCGAAAGAUGGUGAAGAAUAGUCAUCAUAACGGUUCCAAAACACUCGGUAAAUUAUUCCAAUAUUAUUUACCAGCUAAAACUCAUCGAACCUAUUCAUGUCUUCAUUGUCGGGCUCAAUUGGCUAGUCAUGAUGAACUUAUUUCAAAAUCAUUUCAAGGCAGUCAAGGUCGUGCAUACUUAUUUAAUUCAGUUGUUAAUGUGAAUACCAGUGCUGCAGAAGAACGAGUAUUACUUACAGGUCUUCAUGAAGUCGCUGAUAUUUAUUGUGAUUGUUGUAAAACAUUGCUUGGCUGGAAAUAUGAACAUGCAUUUGAAUCAAGUCAAAAAUAUAAAGAAGGGAAGUAUAUUAUUGAACUUGUGCAUAUGAUUAAAGAUAAUGGUUGGGAUGAUGAAAAUGUUGAUCGUUCAGAAUAUUUAAAAAAAUAA